CAUUGCCAAGAAAGCAAGAGAGAGAAAUCCACCGCCGAAGGAGGCGUUCUCGCUCCGGAUCCUUCCUCUGGCUAGCUCCUCAGUUCUUCCACUGCUUCACCUCUGCGACCAGCUAGGGUUUCGCUUUCAGUCCCCGGAUCAGCGGUGGUUAGCUUGGAGGUCGAGCUCCGAGAAAUUUGGGGGCUCUGCGGCUCGUUUCGUGGAUAGGAUCGAGCUGCCACUGUCGGUUUGGUGUUCCAGGGUUUGUUUCAGCAAGAAAAAGCUCGUUUUGAUUGCAAAGAUUUGGUUUUUAGCCUGGAAAAUGGUCCGAGGAUUUGAAAAUGGAGGUUUUGCUGGGUUUCGGAACGGCCGGGCCAAGAGAGCGGUGGUCUCAGCGUCUUCAACGAGGAAGAUUCCCUUCUCUGUGUGAAUUGAUCUCUACCGCCCAGUUGGAGGGGUUUUUGAGGAAAAGUUGACCUGGGAUUUCUUCUGUUAAGCUCUUAACACGAGGGAAUCCGGCUCUUUGGAUGGAAAUCCCUGUUCUGAAGAAGAAAUAUUUCAUUUUGCGUUGAUUACUAUACCAACAGUAGCCCAGAGGAGUGAAAAAUUGCUCAUUUAGUUUACGAGCAAGCGGAGAUGGAUGGUUUUUCACCUAUGGAUUGCGGAAAUGGGGGUGCAGAGGAUUCAUUUAAUCUUUCAGCACUCAUGAACUUUGAUGGUUUUGACGAACCUUUCAGUCCUUCGACUGCAGACCAGAUUUACUCUGCCUUGAGCUACUCAGCUGCUGCUCAGUUGAUGCCUGGGAAUUGGACCUCCACUGGAUCGCCUAACAUCUUCGCGGCACGGAGAAGGGAUGCCUUGACUGGGGAUGUCAACGUGUCAGCUGCCGCUUUCUCUAGCAACAGGGAGAAGGUGGCUUCCCCAAGGACUAGUAUGCAGUUUGCGUUCUCCCCGAAUUCUUCGGGGAUGGAGGGAAUCAACAGGAACAAUAGUUAUUUUGCUUCAGAUGACAUUUCCGAUGAGGGAGCCAGUUUUGUUCCCAGGCCCAUAGCAGAUUUUUCACUUCCUGAGAGGAUGCUCAAAGCACUGUCCUUGUUUAAGGAUUCUUCAUGUGGUGGAAUUCUCGCUCAAGUUUGGAUGCCCAUCAAGCAAGGUGAUCAGUACAUGUUAAGUACCUCUGAGCAGCCCUUUCUGCUGGACCAAAGUCUUGUUGGCUAUCGUGAAAUUUCAAGGCAAUUUACAUUUUCAGCAGAGGAAGUGCCUGGCUUGUUUCUUGGGCUUCCUGGACGUGUAUUCAUAUCCAGAAUGCCAGAGUGGUCCUCAAACGUCGCCUGUUAUAAUAAGCUGGAGUACUUGAGGUUGGAUCAUGCGGUUAGUCAUGGAGUCCGUGGAUUGCUUGCGGUGCCAGUUUUUGAUCCCUCUAAAGGUUCGUGUUGUGCAGUGCUUGAGCUUGUUUUGACAAGGGAGAAAUCCAAUUUCGAUAUGGAGAUGGACAAGGUUUGCCGUGCCUUGGAGGCUGUAAGUUUAAAGACCACAAAAGUCCAGGCUCAUCAACAGAACCUCACAAAAAAUCAGAAAUCCGCAUUCACAGAGAUACUGGAUGUUCUGAGAUCUGUUUGUCAUGCACACAUGUUACCUUUGGCACUUACAUGGAUUCCCUUUGCCUAUGAUUGUGGUAGCAUGAAUGAAUGCAUAAAAGAUGAUGUUAAGGAGGUACAGUCAAGUUUGAGAGAAAAAAGUAUGCUCUGCAUCCAGGAAUCAGCCUGUUAUGUCAAUGAUACAAGAAUGCAGGGUUUUCUUCAUGCAUGUGCCGAAUGUUGCCUUGAGAAAGGACAGGGAAUUGCUGGAAAAGCACUUCAAUCAAACCACCCCUUUUUCUCUCCUGAUGUAAAAGGUUAUGACAUACGUGGGUAUCCCCUAGCACAUCAUGCUCGUAAAUAUGGUUUGCAUGCUGCUGUUGCAAUCAGGCUCAGGAGCACAUAUACUGGAAACGAUGAUUACAUACUUGAGUUCUUUCUUCCAGUCAGUUGCAGAGGUAGUGAAGAACAACAGCUUUUAUUAAACAACCUCUCAUGUACCAUGCAGAGAAUUUGUAAGAGUUUGAGAACUGUCUCGGAUGCUGAAAUAUUUGUAGCUGAUGUAACCAAAGUAGGCAUUAACGGCGGAAAAGGAAUAGGCUCCUCCUCAACUGAUGUCUCUGCGAAGUGCUCUCAACUAGUGGACAGUGAUAAUGAACUAACAACUGUGAAGCAUUUUGAAAAUCAAAACAUGGGAUCUAACGAGCAAGGAGGAGAUUCUCAUCACGAGCAGUCAAAGUCUAGCUCAAUGAGACAUAAGGAAAAAAAGUGCAGUACGGCUGAGAAAAAUAUCAGCUUAAGUGUUCUUCAGCAAUACUUUUCUGGUAGUCUUAAGGAUGCUGCAAAAAGCAUUGGAGUUUGUCCAACAACACUGAAAAGGAUAUGCAGACAGCAUGGGAUUUCAAGGUGGCCGUCUCGUAAGAUUAACAAGGUCAACCGUUCACUGAAGAAGAUCCAAACUGUGAUUAACUCUGUGCAGGGAGUGGAGGGAGCAUUAAGGUAUGAUCCUGCUUCUGGGUGUCUUGUUGCUGCAGUCUCUUCACCUCAAAAACCAGCAAUGAUGACAUCAGAGUCAUCUGGCCGAGCUUAUAUGCCUGUGUCUUCUGCUCAUGUUGAAACUGAACAAUCUAUUGGGAAAUCAGAACCGAACUACUCUUCCGUUGAUGUUCACCAACGAGAGACUUCGGGCCAAUUAAAAUUCACUAAUAUGCACAAAUGUGAAAAGGAUGAAUUCCCUGUUCCCCCAGAUGGCUGCAGCAAUGAGUGCAAGUGCACUUCUGCCAGUGGAGGACUAUUACAGCAGGCCAACAUUGAAGGUACACCAUCAUGGCCAAUAUAUUCCAAAGAUAUUUUCCAUAGUUCUUAUCUUACCAAAGAAACAGGCUGCCAACGCGCAUUUGGCAAGGGUGACUUGAGUUUACAGAGCCUUGAGUGUCAGAUUAUGUCAAGGGGCUCAGGUUGUAUGACACCAAUGGAUGAAAUGAAUGGUAAAGUAAAUGCUGAUGAUGGAAUCAUAGAACACAGCCAUCCUUCUUCUUCCAGCAUGACAGACUCUUCCAGUGGUAGUGCGUCAAGUUGCCCAACAUUCAACAAAAGGUCAAAAAGUAAGGCAUCUGUUACUGAAAAAAGUGGGCCAGUUAUCACAGUGAAGGCUACUUAUAAAGAUGACACUGUGAGGUUUAAGUUCUUACCAUCCAUGGGUUGCCACCAUUUGUUUGAGGAAGUUGGAAAGAGAUUCAAAUUGUUGGCUGGGACAUUCCAGCUCAAGUAUAUGGAUGAUGAGGAAGAGUGGGUGAUAUUGGCAAGUGACUCUGAUCUGCGGGAGUGUGUUGAGGUAUUGGAGUAUGUUGGAUCCCAUAGUGUAAAGCUUCAAGUUCGAGAUGUUCCUUGUGUUAUUGGCAGCUCAGCAAGUAGUAAUAGCCUGCUAAUGGAGCCAUAAGGCCUUAAAGAGAUAGGAGCAUGCAUUUAAAUGAUGGUGCAUCAGUCUUUCUGAGUUUUGUUGGGUGGAUAUCUUUGGAUACUUGUCUAGAAGUAGGGAGGGCUCGUUGGGGGAUCUAUACUGCAAAGGAACAUGUGUACAUGUUGUAGAUGUAGGAAUAGAUAUUGUGGGUAUUGGUUGACAGGAUAAUUAACAAGCUACUUGCUAUGUCUUGUACGCAACUAGCACUUUCAGUAUCCUAUACACAGUUACCAAUGUAAGUAUUUUGAACUUUCCAUCUUGUGCAUUUUUUUCUCUGCAACUUUCAAUUGCCCCUUGCUCCAGCCGUAUUAGAUGCUUGGUUGCCAAAAUCAGGAAUGGGUGCUGAGUGUGUCCUGGUGUGGCUGCUGGAAAGUGGAUACUUUAGAAACAAUUUUUUAAGAACUCUUAGGAAGCUGGAGCGGGUUCAAAAGUCUCAGAAGAUUUUGAAGCAAGUGCAUUACAUUAGGUAAAAGAUUCCAGCUACUAAGGUUAGAUGUCUACAAAUGCAAACAUGAAAAAUCUCAUUUUAAAAAUCAGUUUGUAGACUUACUUUUGUCUGCCUUGCCAGAUAUUUUUAGUUUAAUCACAUCGAUAUGGAGGCUGCUUAGUUUGAAUUCGAAUUUCAUAUAUAUACUUCAUUGUAUCUGGAUGAGAAUUGGAUGUAUGUGACUGUAGAACCCAUGUUAUCUGAUUGGAAAUCCUGCACAUUUAAGCUUUGCUCUUCAUAGCUGAUGAAACCAUUAUGUGACUUCACUUCUGGUUAACCAUGUUCGCAUAUUGAAGGAUAGAAACCUUUUUCUUGAAGCUCUUCACUGUCAGAAUGUUAUUUUAAAUACUAUUGCUGACAUGCAUUGCUAGCACGGAAAAAGCUAAAUAUCCCUGCUCCACUACCCUCUAAGUUACCCAUGUUGUCGUGGCACUUAUGUAAUGGCUAAAUAAACUGCCCUUGGGCCUCAUUUAACAUCCACCUAACCUCAGUGUACUGUACCAGUCUGUGACUGUCAUAUGGGUCCCGCUAACUGAGUAGGUAGUGGAGCUGGUGAGGUAGCAAUACUCUGCUAGAAUCACACCUUAGAAGUCAGACCUGUUUACUGUUACUGGCAUCAAGUGAUAAAUUCACAUCAAUGGUCUUGCUAAAUGUGUUUCUUUUUAUUUUACCUGGGAAGAAAAUACCUAUACAAUUUGUUAAGUAGUGUUGGCAGAUGUCUUUGGUGAAUGGCUAUGGUACUGUGUCAUGCAACUGGCUUGCAGCGUGGACUAAUCCUUCUUUUGUGUUUCUAAACUAACAGUUAGAACUUUUUAUAAUUUAGUCAACGAAGUGAAAAUUUUCCUUACAAAUAUGCAUAUUAAGUAUGCUGGCAAACAAGGAACAUAAAAAAGAAUCUCCAAAGUUAUUUGAGUUUGUGAUGUUUUAAUAUUUAAAGCAGUGUCAAUCUGCUUGCACAAAAUUAUUGUCACAAUACAUAUCUCACAAUGACCAUGGAUUCGAUGAUGCUACCAAAUGUUUCACUUAUGCAAGCUCGUCUUUAUGCUGGGUUAUCUUAUCUGGGCAUUGGAGUAAAAGUAUUUCAAGUAUUAUGACUGCGAUAUGGUUGUCGAUUAUCUGAGGAAUCAAGAGCAGGUAACGUCACCCAGGUAUGCUUGUCAAUUAUCUCAAGGUAUGAUUGCUAGCUUCUCAAUACAUUCUAGAACAUCAAGGGUUGGAGACCUCUAUCAAGUCUCUUGGUACCACCUUAACAUGCUGCUAAAGUCUCUUUGGUGGUUGUGCUUGAGAUCUAGGUUCAAAUCCUACCUACACCUGGGUUGGAUGAGUUAGGGGUAUACUUGAGUGAGGGCUAACUCCUCUGUGCAAGCCUUGUCUAUGGGCCUCUUUCUACUAAAAACAGAACAAUAUUGAUUUUGAUCACACAAAAUUUAUAUGUAUGGCCUGACUUCCUUACAAGUGUGUCCUUAGUUAAGUUGGCUGGUGCCUAGUAGUAGUUGAAUAGUGGCACAAAAUUCCUUUGCACCAAUAAGGUUAGAAAAAGAAAAAAUAAGGAAUAUCAAAAUUAUUAUUUGGUCUGGGGUUCCAAUUCUCCAGAUAUAUUUAGUAAUUGUUAAAUGUCUUAUUAAGUGACCCAAACUACCCUUGCAUGAUAAAUUACUUGAUUUGGGGCUGUCACAGUGUCUUUUUACAUGCACUUUUAUUUUACCAUUUUGCUAUGUGCUUGGGGACUUUGUGUAAGCAUGCAUUGGAUGCCUUGACCUUUGAAAGUUCCAGCAAGUUACCUGUAGUUUCAUCACAUAGCUAAACACCUAUACCAUCAACAUAUUAUAUAGAAGAUUCAUGUAUAUAUUAACAAUAAAAUGAUCUAUAACCCUGUAUAUAAACCAAUUACACCUUUUCUUAUGUGAUAAGGGAAUUUCAAAAAAAUAUAUAAGGGAUGUCUUGACAUCUGAAAGUUCUAGCAAGUUAUAUGUGGUCUCAUCACAUAGCUGCACUGACAAUGAAUUAUAUAGAAGCCAUGCAUAUAGUAAACAAUACAAUGAUCCACAACCCUAAGUUCAAAGCAAAAUUCUACGCAAUGUAUAUCCCUUUUGUUAUUAACUGGCUACAUGGAUAGCGAAAUCUGGAACCCUUCCAGGAUAAUUAUUUCUAUUUUAAAAAAACUGAUUAUUAGUUUAUAUUUUAUAGAUGUUACUGCAAGAUGUCUUUCAAAUGUGAUUCUUCACAGGUCUGUAAGUAUGCAUAUCCUGUUAGGAGAUCCUGGUAAUCUUUGAUUCUCAACUUUUGGCAUGAUUUGUUUCUUGCAGUCAUUUGUAGGAUAGAUCAUGAUGGAUCUUUGCAUGCUGUGAGGGCUUUUUUGCAGAGCUUACUGAAUGCUUAUUGCGCAUGCUUUGAGAACAGCAUAAGCUAUCAUAGUUACUUAUGUUUUCAAUGAACAGCAGGAUCCCAUGAUUCUGCAAGAACCAAGCUUCCUAAUACUGGACACUUAAUUUUUGGAAAUUUUAUAACUCUUAACAUUUUAAUUAUUGAACACAACAUAACACUCCUCGUUACUCCAUAAAUGGAGUGCGUUGUUUACAUUUUUCCUGAACUGUCUACACUUGGAAUAUAAUUAAUAUUUUAUAGUGUCCUGUGAAGUUUCAAGUAGAUUGAUUAUAUUGUUGAUACUUGUCCUAUCGUGUUGCAACUUUUCAUCUUUUUUUGUCAUAUAAUAUGACAGGAAGCUUUUUUUAGCAUUAAGUAUUAUCUAGUUAAUUUAGUAUAAUAUUUUCUUACAUUGACAUAUACUUACAUAUUAGUAAUUGUAUAUUUAUUUGUACUGUGUGGAAUUCUUUCUAUUUAAGUUCUUUGGAAGGUUGCUGCAUUAGGCACUUCAUUUAAUUUUACACUUGGUAGCCACAUGAAACAAUACAUGUAUUUAUGUGCAUAGCAUUGAUAAAAGUCAUGAGAUUCUCAUUAGUUUUUUUUGUUCUCAAAAUAGAAAAGGGAAUGGUUGAGUCGGACAAGAAAGUUUAUUUGGAAGGUACAAAUCUCCUAUUACUUUGAACUUUGAAGGUAUGGGAUGUCUGAAAUAAACAGAGAGGGACAAGAAGACUUACUCCAAGACUUAGAAAGUUAACUGAAUGCUGUGGAGAUAAUAUCAGAUGGAGAUUCUCUGAUUGGAGGACAGUAGAUUACAAGGCAGCCUGGGAAGGGAAGAAGAAGAAAAGCUCCAAAAGCUUCAAGCACUCUGUAUCAUUCAUGAGACCUAGAGUAGCAGAUACGCAUCUCACAGCAGCUAAUUCCUUCAUGGUGAGUUCAUAAAUGCUGGGGGACUUCUUUGGCCUUUCUUCAAAGCUCUAUGGAAGUUGGAAGCACGUAAGAAGAUCAAAAUCCACGUGGUUGGCCCUGAAAAUUGAUUGCAUGCUAAAAAGGUGCUUGCGAAAAGGAGGCUGGCAAGUGAGUGGUGGUGGCUGCCUCUGGGAUUGCAGUUCUGAAUCCAUUAAUCACCUGCUAUUGCACUGCCAUUUUGCUAAAUUCGUUUGGUGCUCAGUAAAAGAUUGUUUUGAUGUGAAAGGAAGGCCCUCCACCCUGCUCUCCCUCUGGACUAAAUGAAGAAAUCAGAUUUCGAGAAAGAAUAGGCAAACGUGAGAUCAACUCCAGAAGAAAUCUUCCAGCUGUUCAGGCGAGAAAGAUCAAUCAAAUUUACCUUCUAGGAAACUGAUGCUCUUCUAAGACUAGUUAGAAGCACCGGGAAUUUGUUUAUAAAACUCUCCUUUUAAGCCUAGGCAGUGGGCAACUCUCUCCCUUUGUACUACUACAGGUUUAUUUGAUUCUAAUUUUUUUUUUUUCCAAGGGUUCGGAAGUAAUCUUGUUUCCUUU